AUGGCUUCCCUGAAACGCAGUGCAACUGCCGAUCGCGACAUCUCACCGCCACCGACCAGGCGAAAGGUAACGACAACGACUACAAGCAAAGCAGUGUCGAAUUUCUUCAAGCCAGCAUCCCAGAAGGAAGCAGAGAAGGUCAUCUUUCACAACGUCAAUGACAGCGUGCUCGUUGGCCGAUAUGCAGACGCCACCACUAUCACACGGCCGAAGCCAGUCAAGAUUGCAGCUUUCGACCUGGACAGCACACUCAUCACGACCAAGUCUGGACUGCAAUUCUCGAAAGGGCCCGAGGACUGGCAGUGGUGGCACUCGUGUGUUCCUGAAAAGCUCAAGCAGCUCAGCGAAGCUGGCUAUGCUGUGGUGAUAAUCAGUAACCAGAGUCGCGUGGUACUAAAGCCCGAACCGAAGAGAGCAGGUGACAUGAAAAGCUUGAUGAACUUCAAAGGCAAGAUCUCAGCAAUCCUGAAUGUGCUGGAAUUGCCGAUCUCCGUCUAUGCGGCGACUCAGCACGACCUCUGUAGGAAGCCUCGAAUCGGCAUGUGGAAUCAGCUGGUGCAAGAUUACGGCCUCGACCAGCCAGCUGAUGUCGAUCUUGAAAGAUGCUUCUUCGUUGGGGAUGCUGCAGGUCGCGAAGGUAAUAAGGCUGCAAAGAUCCGCAAGGAUCAUUCGUGUUGCGAUCGUGACUGGGCGGCCAAUAUAGGCAUCCCGUUUUACACUCCGGAGGAGUACUUCCUCAAUGAGGCAGCAAAGCCAUUCGUGAGGCCAUUCGAGCCGGCAUCUUAUCUGGAGACGAAUCUGGAUACUCAGACUGACAUCAGCCCCAUCGUCUUCACUAAGAAGAACGACGUCGAAGUGGUGCUGUUCUGCGGUAGUCCGGGGGCAGGGAAAUCUACGUUUUACUGGCACCAUAUGCAGUCACUCGGGUACGAGAGAGUCAACCAGGAUACUCUCAAGACACGGGCCAGGUGUAUCAAGGUUGCGACACAACUGCUGGAGGACAAGACGCCUGUAGUGGUGGACAAUACGAACGCAGACGUUGAGACAAGGGCCGCUUGGCUUCAGCUGGCGGAGAGGCUCAAAGUGCCGAUUCGUCUAGUCCACUUCACAGCGCCAGCGAAGCUCUGCGAACACAACGACACCGUGCGAUCGUUGUCCGACGGCAUAAUGAACCCUGAGAGGAGAACGAGACUCCCGAUCAUGGCGUUCACAGGAUAUGCAGGUCGCUUUCAAGAACCGGUGCUCGACGAAGGCUUUCUGGACAUCACGAAGGUCGACUUCACGUUCCGAGGCACAGAGGAGCAGAAGACACUCUGGCGCAAAUACUGGAUCUAAAGAGUCGUCACAUGAGCAACCAUUGAAACCGAGAGGAAUGUCGAGAAUACUGAUCAAUUUGACGAAUAAAGAUAACGAGUAGCCUGCUACUACAACGGGCGGGCUCUGAUGCGGCUCGCUCAACGUGUGCUUCGUCAGAAACCUGGAAGCUGUCGACGGAUAGAGAAGUGCCAUGUGUCAUCCAUCGGUGAAGACGCUACGUACCAGCGUAUUGCGGCUCUCUUUCGGCUCGGUGGCUGGCGGGACACGGCCUCGGAAACCCGCGUAGCAAGGCUGUGUGACCAGUUGAUAACCAGGUGUUCUGUCUUGCGGAUAUUUUUGGCGAGCGUCGCCAGCACUGCUGACUUUGAUGACUCAAUUUCAGCAGCGGUGAGAGCGCAAAACACCUUCGCAAAGGUUUGGGAGCAAUGGGCUCUGGUGUGGGCUACAUAAGGUACCUAUUGGAUAAGCGGAGCUCACGUGUAAUCAGGAAUUGGUUUUCGGUUGAUCGAAGCGUCGCGAACCGCCCAUGUUCGUUCACAUUUGCGACCGGACUCUUGGGCCACACAAAUGCCGCUUCCUCCGCGGCUUUUGGGCGUUAGCGACCAGACGGUGUGUGACGAAGCAAGCAAUAUCGCCGUUCUGCUCGUCCCGUCACUGUGUCACACCUUCUUCCUGCAGCCUUGAAUGUUUGUACCUGCAGGCGG